GCUGCUUCUCGUUCUCCCAGAACAUUGAUUUGUGUGACCACAGUUACAAACAGCCUCCAGAGAUCCUGUUCUACACCAGACCAGUGGAGCCAGACUGCAGCUAGAGCCCAUCAUCAUCCUCAUCUGCUUGUAAGUAGGUAAUCUAGUAUAUUAUUCGUGGCACUAAUCUCUAAUUUACCUCACAUUAAAGAAACACUAUAGUCCCCAGAACCACUGCACCUUAAUGUAGUGGUCCUGGUGUCUAUAGCCUGUCCCUGCAGGCCUUUUAAUGUAAACACAGCGGCACUGCAGCACUAGCGUUAGUUAACAUGGCAGGUCAUAUGGGUGGGGCAUUGCGAUGUCACGGGGGGGAGGAGGGGGGCGUCAAACUUUACUUUUGCCUAGGGCGGCAAAAAUCCUUGCACCGGCCCUGUGUGUCAGUGAGCUUCUAUUUAGUGAGCAUGUGUGUGUCAGUGAGCUUGUCUUUAGUGAGCUUGUGUGUGUGUCCCUGAACUUCUUUGUAGUGAGCCUUCUGUUUAUACAAGUGAGUGUCUGUAGUAAGCUUGUGUGUGAGUCAGAGAGUUUUGUCUGUCAGUAAGCCUAUUUGCGCAUGUCAGUGAGCUUGUGUGCUUACUGUAAUAAUAUAUAUAUAUAUAUAUAUAUAUAUAUGACUUGUGGGAAUGGCAUACGUUUUUUUUCCAGGGCUGCUUUGGAUUCCCAGGGAUUCCCAGUUUGGCUCUGCCAGCGAGUGCACUUUACCGCUGAAUAAUCUGUGUGAGCUGCCGCACACUUUAGCCCUGUUACACGCGUCUGGGAGCUGCUGUUGACAGGUACUAGUAGUCUAGAGAUUGGGGUUUAUGCUCAGCUAUCUGUAUAAUACAGAUCUGUGUGUAUAAAAUAUCCCGGGAUAGUCAGUGCUUCCUGUAUAGUGCUGCUCUCUGUCUUGGGAUAUUAUACACAAACAGACCUGUAUUAUACAGAGAGCAGCACUAUACAGGGAGCACUGAGUGUCCCAAUUUAUUAUACACACAACCCUGUAUUAUACAGAGAGCACUGACUGUCCAGGGAUAUUAUACCCAGACAGUAAUUGAUAGCUGUGCUGCAAAACGUCCUUGGAAUUUUUUUUCCAAAUGUUGGCAACUAUGGCACUGUAUCAAGGAUAAUGUGUUUGUUUUUUUAAUAAUCCCUGGUGGAAAAUAAUGAAUCCUCCACCAGGUAUUAUUAAAAAAACAAAACACAUUGUGUCGGGGGCGUGACUUAACAUGCGACAGGGGCGGUGUCAAACUGCGAUGAGGGCGGGGUUAAAUGUGCCCCCCUACCUUUGUCACUGGCCCUCCAUGUGCCCCCCCAAAAAAUGAAUCCUAGAGACGCCACUGAUAGUGCAUGUACAGUAGGGACAAUACAAGGCAUCCUGGAAAAAUGUACUGGGCAGUCCUGGUGGAUUUUUAAAAUGAUUGCCGCUUUAAGUUACUGUCAGAAAUAAGAAUGGGUCAGGGUACUUAUGGUGCUUAGACUGGUUUACACUGGUCCGUAAAGAUAGAAACCAAGGCCUGUCUAUUUAAAACAAAUGUAACAACUUUACAGAAACAAAAACCUGGCUCCACUGUACCCUUACAUUAACUUUCAACCAAUGAUUGGUUGGCUUGUCCAAUAUAAAAAACAAUAGUUCACUUAUAGAGAGAGCACAUUCAGCUUCCAGUUCUCUUGUUCGCAAAAGUGACUUUUUCCUGGCAACUGACAUUUAAUGUGGAUAAGUGCAAGAUAAUGCAUCUUGGACGUAAAAACCCAAGGGCAGAGUACAGAAUAUUUUAUAGAGUCCUAACCUCAACAUAUGAGGAAAGGGAUUUAGGGGUGAUUAUUUCUGAUGACUUAAAGGUAGGCAGACAAUGUAAUAGAGCAGAAGGAAAUGCUAGCAGAAUGCUUGGUUGUAUAGGGAGAGGUAUUAGCAGUAGAAAGAGGGAAGUGCUCAUGCCAUUGUACAGAACACUGGUGAGACCUCACUUGGAGUAUUGUACACAGUACUGGAGACCGUAUCUUCAGAAGGAUAUUGAUACCUUAGAGAGGGUUCAGAGAAGGGCUACUAAACUGGUUCAUGGAUUGCGGGAUAAAACUUACCAGGAAAGGUUAAAGGAUCUUAACAUGUAUAGCUUGGAGGAAAGACGAGACAGGGGGGAUAUGAUAGAAACAUUUAAAUAUAUAAAGGGAAUCAACACAGUAAAGGAGGAGACUAUAUUUAAAAGAAGAAAAACUACCACAACAAGAGGACAUAGUCUUAAAUUAGAGGGACAAAGGUUUAAAAAUAAUAUCAGAAGUAUUACUUUACUGAGAGGGUAGUGGAUGCAUGGAAUAGCCUUCCAGCUGAAGUGGUAGAGGUUAACACAGUAAAGGAGUUUAAGCAUGCGUGGGAUAGGCAUAAGGCUAUCCUAACUAUAAGAUAAGACUAGGGACUAAUGAAAGUAUUUAGAAAAUUGGGCAGACUAGAUGGGCCGAAUGGUUCUUAUCUGCCGUCACAUUCUAUGUUUCUAUGUAACUUAGCUAGAUGGAUAUUUAACAAGUGUUGCCUCUAAUAAUCAGCAGCAGAUGAAUUGAUCGCAGAUAGUUAGAAAAAAAACCCUGUUUGUAUUGAGCUUAUGUGAAAACUAUAUGGAGGAAACCACUUUCAUUUUAAAAUUAAUUGCUGGACAUGAUUCCUUUAAAUAACAUACCAAAAACCAGCAUGAAGAGCAUAUACCUGCAUGACCCAAAUGUGAUCGGGAAAAAAAAUAAAAUUGACCUGUACAUAUAAAAUAUUCUCAUUUAGACAUUUUCCACAUCUAAAAUAUACAAAACAGAAUAUAGUGUAGUAUAUUAAAAAACUAUGUAUUAAAUGGAAUAGUAAUAGUGAUAACUGCAGAGUUUUCCAUCUGGCUGUGGGGUGGAGUGAGGCAGUCAGUGCCUCCAUAGAUGUCACUUGAUCCCUCAGUCUGACCUUUCUUUAAAUGCAUUCAACAUUUAAGCCUUAGAGUAGCAUAUGUUGCAUAUAUUAAAGUGCUGAAAUUAUACUGGAAACAAAUUAAUAGAUUAAUAUGGAUAGGCAGCCUUUUGUCCUUUAUGGAGACAUUAUAAGUAGAGACAAAUAUGUAUUUGUCUGGGUUUGUAUGAGGAACUAUAGUGAUAUUCUCAUUUAAUGUAGGUAUCCACACUAAACAAAACAAUAUGUAUAUGCAAAAAAAGGAACUUCUGAACAAUCAGAAGUCCCAUUUUCCCCCCUUAAAUUUGCAAUAAAAGCUCUCUUGUUUAGGAUAAAUAGAUAGACAGACAGACAGACAGACACAAACACACAGACACACACUACUAGCUUUUAGUUUGUAUGAAAUAUUUAUGUAGUGUAAUAAAUAUUUAAUUUAUAAUUGCUUAUGUUUUUUGUUUUUUUUAAUAUAGAUUAUCAAAUGCAGGGCAGCUGUUACCUGGGGAGUAAACAAACCAUUUUCAAUUGAAGAGGUGGAAGUGGCUCCCCCAAAAGUCAAUGAAAUCAGAAUUAAGGUAAAAACUUGCUAUUUUUCAUACAUUAAUGUAAAGCUGAAUAUUUAUACUGUCUUUCUAACAAAUAUGAUAACUAUGGUUUGAUUAAAUUAGAGGUGAUCACAUUUAUAGGUUAAGAUUGAUUACAUUACUGCCGUUACAGAUUUAUUGGGAACAAAUGAAUAUGGAUUCCAAUAUCGAAACCAAAGUGGAUACUGGGAGAAAUAACGGAUAUGACCCAGGGUAACUCCAGAUAAAGCAAAGUUACCAGAGCUAAAAUCUAAAAGACCAAAUGGUCAAAAUAACAAAUACUUUAUUAGAGAUUGUAAUAGUAACUAAUAGUAUUAUCCCAAAGUGCUAACACACACAAAAAAGUAAAAAAUACGGUAGUCAAUGAGAGCACACGUCUGUGCUGAAGUGACUAGGGAGAGCGGCUGCUCACUUCAGCACAGACAUGUGCUCCCAUUGACUACCGUAAAGUAUUUGUUAUUUUGACCAUUUGGUCUUUUAGAUUUUAGCUCUGGUAACUUUACUUUAUCUGGAGUUACCCUGGGUCAUAUCCGUUAUUUCUCCCAGUAUCCAUUUUAGGUACACUACUUCUAGCUUUUUUCACCAAUUCUACCUAGGGGUUACCCCCCUUUUCCAUAUAAAUAUAUAUUGACAAAAGUCAAUAGACUCUGGCGUCAAAAAUACGGUAGUCAAUGGGAGCACGUCUGUGCUGAAGUGAGCAGCCGCUCUCCCUAGUCAUUUCAGCACAGACGUGUGCUCUCAUUGACUACCGUAUUUUUUACUUUUUUGUGUGUGUUAGCACUUUGGGAUAAUACUAUUAGAAUCUCUAAUAAAGUAUUUGUUAUUUUGACCAUUUGGUCUUUUAGAUUUUAGCUCUGGUAACUUUACUUUAUCUGGAGUUACCCUGGGUCAUAUCCGUUAUUUCUCCCAGUAUCCAUUUUAGGUACACUACUUCUAGCUUUUUUCACCAAUUCUACCUAGGGGUUACCCCCCUUUUCCUAGUGUACUAUAGUAGGCUGACUACAGUUCUUUUUUAGUUUUUCCAAUAUCGAAACCAAUACCUAUAUUUUAAAUUGAAAGGGUUGAUUUUGGUGAAUAAUUUUUAUGUAUCAGGCAUUUAAUCCCUGAUAAUUGGUCACCUAAAAGGAGUUGAUAAAUGCUUGCUUUUACCAUUUGCCACAGCAGCACUAGCAGCAAGGGUGCAAAUAGUAAAAGUAAAAGUAAAGGCCUAAGGUAGUCAGUAUAUGACCUCCCCCAAUUAGUAUAAGGGAGGUUUGAAACCUCCUUUAUGCCCCACCCACCAUGCCGCUGUUAGGGUAAAGUCUUUUAAAAAGUGAGCAACCAGUGGCUACACAUUGUAAUAAAAAAUAGCAAUUGUGCAGCUACUGUGCAGUGCAGGGCUUAGGUGGAGAGCGAUCAGCUGAUGCUCUCAAUUAAUGAGCUUUACUCAAUAGAAUCUUAAAAGCAGUAGCUUCCAGCUCUCUUUAAGAAGUAUUUUCUAAAGUGGUUUGACUCUACCAGGGCACUCCUAUGUGGUCAUGGUGCUGCUUAAAUUAACCCAGUAAAUUGCUUAAAAGUAACCCUUUAAAUUGCACAUUCCCGGAUUAAAAUGGUGCAAUCAUUUGAGUUAUACUUACAGUGCAAAAUCGCAGUCACAAAUUAACAUUUAUAGCAAUCAUUUGAGGUAUAAACUGCUUAAAUUGCAAAAUCAAAGUCACAGAUUAACAUUUUGCAAUAAUUGUGGAGAUAAAAACAGAUUUAUGUGGCCAAUUAUGUGCAACUGGGUUUAAUGUUUAAUAAAGAGCACUGUAUUAUGGGAUAACUGUACACACCAUAUUGAGCAAUAAGAAUUAAAUAUUAACUUUGUGAAAUCCCUAACAUUAUCUAUGUAAUAGCAAUUGUAAUAAAAUAACAACGUACAUUACAGAAACACUCCCAGCAAUUACACACAAAAAUCCUCCCCUCUGCAUGUGAUAUAAUUAUGUUGCACAAUGGUUUAACAUAAUUAACACAGGCAGUAAAAAUACAGUUUUUAUACAUGUACUAUAACUUUAAAACUACACAUCCAAUCUUCAUAAAAAUUACUAAAAUUACUAUAUUUGGAAUCAGCACACUUUAAAUAUAAACAUAACCAAAAAUCAGAUAAAUCCAUCCAGGGGUUAAAAAGUUAGCUGGAGGUCCCUUUAUGACCGACCACAAGCACAUUUUCCAGCCCAAAACAGUCCCAUAGAUUUGGGCUGUGCGGCCGGUCUAUUUCAGGCUGAAAAAACGACUAAGUCCCAUCGCCGAAUGGGACUUAGUCUCUGUGGCUGUAAAAUCAGUAUGGGAGAAGGUAGGGCUCAGCGGUGUUCGCGGGAAUGUGUAGCCGAUUUUAGUUCCAUGAAUUUGGCUACACAUACCGCUGAACUCGUUCGCAUUAACAAAGAUGGCUGCCGCCACGUGUUCGGCAAACGAACAAAGGUCACCCAGCAUGGUCAACUAAGCUGCGGUUAACAGCAGCUUCUGGGAGGUAAAUUGCCUGCACACUUCCACUUCUGGGUGGUCCGCCUGUGUGGUACUUGGUUCAGUAAGCCCCAUUUACUGAACCAAGUGGGAAAUAGCCAGGCACAAAGAGUUUUAACCAGGUCUGGGGACACAGGGGACUGGGGCAGUGGGGCAGUGGGACUGGGGCAGUGUCCCAAUUUUCCCUAUGCCCCAAAAAGGUGCUUAAAGGGCCAGCACCAGUCCCAUAACCCACAAGGCAGGUCUUAAAGGGCCAGCAGCAGCACAAUAUAAAUCCAUUAGCCCAAAUAAGGUUUGUAAAGUGCCAUACAACCCAGGGCCGUAGUCAUGAGGCAGGAGGCUGGCACUCAGGCUCCUCCAACAGCCAGGGGCAAAUGGCAACUUGUCACCUAAAAAUCUAGAGACGAAAGGCAUUUCAUCACACACUACUAUUGCUGGGCAAAUGUGUUAUGCCCAGAAGUCUGAUAUUUACUACUAUGACUUGUAAGCCUACUUCCAAGCUCAGCUCAGAUAGCAUAAUUACUUCCCCAGAGUAUUUGCAAGUUUUGCAUGAUGCAGGACAAAUACGAACUGUACCCUUCAAACACAGCAUGUAGACACCAACACAAAUUGUAGAACAGCAACAGUGACUGCCUGAGAGACUCUCUCUGAAAGAAUCCACAAAUUACCAAAAGAAACCCCAAACUAACCAUUUUGGAAUAAGUUUAUUUCUUACAGUUUCCAUGAAAUUCUUUAAACUCAGUCUGGAAGAUGUAACACAUAGAAUGUUAUAUGAAAAGUAAGAAUAAAACAUUGUAUAUUCACAUUUUUAGAUGGUGGCAACAGGCAUAUGUCGCACUGAUGACCACGGAAUGAAAGGAAAAUUGGAAAAUUCAUACUUUCCCAUUAUUCUUGGCCAUGAGGGAGCUGGUAUUGUAGAAAGCAUCGGAGAAGGGGUGGAAAGAUUUAAACCAGGUAAGACCAAUUUGUAAACAUAAUUAACUAAAAUCAAUGUUUCAAAUCAUAUACUGCGAUGAUGUUCCAUUGAUUUGUAUCAUGGCUAUGUUCAUUAAAGCAGGCUUCCCCAAACUCUGGCCCUCCAGAUGUUGCUGAACUACAACUCCCAUGAUUCUAUGAAUGAAAUAGAUAGGCUGAGAUUCAUGGGAGUUGUAGUUCAGCAACAUCUGGAGGGCCGGAGUUUGGGGAAACCUGCAUUAAAGGGACACUAUAGGCACCCAGACCACUUCACCUCAUUGGAAUGGUCUGGAUGCAGUGUCCAAGGUCCCUUAGCCUUGCAAAGGUAAUUGUUGCAGUUUUUAAUAAACCACAAUAAUUACCUUUGAGAGUUAACUCCACCACUAGUGACUAUCAUGAGGACAUCCAGCGUCAUAUAAAGCCUCAUAAGAAAGCAUUAUACAUGCUUUUCUAUGGGGGAAAUAUUAAUGCAAGUGUGGCCAUUGGUGCACAUGUGCAUUAUUUCUACCACGCUGGCUGCUUGCGGUGGGGGAGGAGCGAAGUUGGAACACGAACUAAUGCCGAGGGACAUCGGCACUGUAAUCAGGUAAGGGACAGAAGAGGGGGUGCGCAACAAAGGGGAACACUGCAGAGAGAGCUAUAGUGUCAGGAAAACAACUUUGUUUUCCUAGCACUAUAGUUUCCCUUUAAAAUGACCAAGCAAGGUUAGCUCAUUCAGUAUAGGUCAGUUAGGAAUGGUGACACACACUGCUGGCAAGACAAAGACUUUAAUAGAUUUUAAUUUCUGUAUAAAAAAAGACAAAUUUUCUUCCAUAUUUUAGAGGCUGCACAUUUGUUCAAUAUAGUUUUGCCUUAAAGAAAUACACUGGCCCCAAUAUUGGCCCAAUAACAACUAACCUCAAUCAAGUGUAAUGUGUCCUAGAGACCAGUUCUCAGAUGCCAUCUUACCUUACCGUGAUAACUUUUUUAACACAGUUUAAUACUGAAGUUUAAUAUCAAAGUCACCACACCUCCCCACUCCUUUCCUUGGCAGCUUUGCUAAUAGAUAAGUAUUGGGUUGGCGGCCGUUGAUAGGCUGAGCUGAAUUAGAGCUCAUUGAGCUGAAGCACAUUGGCCACAUUAAUUAAAGCAAAGAGCCUGCUUAAUUCUUAUUGUAAUCAAAUAAGCUGGAAACCAUUAAAAUGGCAUUGCAUACAGUUACAGACUCCUUGUUGUUUAUCUACUACAAAAUGUAACUUAGCAUCUGCCUCAAGUUUUAAUAUCUUCCACAGAGAGUAAUAGGAUCCAAGAAAUGGUAGGGACUACUUUGUCUUAGUAUUAUUCCUCCACCUGACAAAGCUUGACACUGGGUGGAGCUGCUGCCGUCAAGCCUGUGGUUUCUUCCAGCCAUCACCAGUGAUAGCUGCAGGGAAAUUAACUCUUUCUAUAAAGGAUCCCAGGGUUUCAUGGCAUACUACGUAGACCUCAAUAUGCAAGAGUACAGCAGUGACGUCAACUUCUGGCAGCUGAAGCACCAGUAGCAGAGGAGGAGCAGAUGGCAGCCAACAAGGGACAGGUUUAGGUAAGUAGCCCCUGGAACCAGAGCAGCAAUGUCACUAUCGGGGGUCUUUGCAAAUUAUACAAAGUCCCCAGACAUUAACAGAACAGUGAGUCUUUUUUCAACCUAUUUUACUAUAAAUAACUGUAUAACAGACUUGCUAAAUGAGAUAAAUAUGUUUUUUGGUAUCUGUGUGUUUUGUCCUUUGUUCCUGUUGGUUGUAUCUCCUUUUUGCACACACAUUCCUUUGUGACACACUCAGUGUACAGUACCAUCCAGCAUAGUUCGACACUUUUUUGGUUGUCAAUAUUAGAUAAAUUCCUCAUUUUUUUUUGCAUUGUGCCUGCAAAGCUUAAUAUGAUUUUUGUACUUUUCAGAAUAUAUCUACAAAAAAUAGGACAUAGUGCGAAGUUCAUAAACAGCCACCUUUUUUUUUCAUAUCAUAAAUUGCACUGCAGUAUUAAUCAAAAUAAUAUUUCCAUGUUUAGGUGACAAGGUCAUUCCUCUUUGCUUACCUCAGUGUGGUCAGUGCAUUUGCUGCAAUGAUCCAAGGACCAAUAUUUGCAUUGUAGCCAGGUAUGUAAUACAACCUUCUUUGUACAAAAAAACUCAUUAUAACUUCAUACUGGGCAACAUUUUUCAAGGAUAGUCCUUCCUUCCAUAUAGAGAUCAAAUACAAACUGAUAACAGAAAAAGUAAAGCUUUAUAUUCCAUUAUAUUGAAAAAAAAAUACACUUCUGUGUCACUCACACAGAGAUAGAAAUAUAAGAUUCCUUCAUUCACCCAUUCAGGGCAAUUAAAAAUAUUCAUUAUGAAAAAGUAUAAUUAUAUGCGACUGGAGAUUUUUCCCUGAAUACUUCACUGAUAUUAUGUAAAACCCUUUUCUUAACCCCUUCAGGAUGGAGUCAAUAGUACACGUUCUGAUCAAAACAAAACGUAAACAAAAACUGGAAUUUGCACUAUAUGUCUGUUCAACCGUGAUUCAUCUCUUUCACACUUAUUAGAUAUCAUUUUGCUCAGGAAAAACAGGGCUUUCAUUUCAUAUCAAAUAUUUAGCUAAGAAACAUAAUGUAUUAUGAAUAAAAUAAAAAAAAACUGAGAAAUGUAAUUUAAAAAAAAAAAAAAUUGUAGUUCCGCCUCACAUUUUAGUUGUAAACGUCAUAAUACUGUUAGGUUUUAAUGCAAAAAAAUGCGCAUAUUUGUAAUCAGCGAUGCCUCACGAGUACAACAGAAUCCCCCAUUAACAGGUUUUAUCAAAACGAAAAAAUUAGUUCCCGUCAGCAAUAGAUGGGUAUGAACGCCGUGAGAACAGGGGUAUCAGGUAAAUGAAAUCCCGACGCGCGUUUCGCCUGAUGAGCCUUUAAAACAGGUGAAACGCGCGUCGGGAUUUCAUACCCAUCUAUUGCUGACGGGAACUAAUUGCUCGUUUUGAUUUUUGAUAAAAAUAUGCCGGUUAACGCCUUUUUUUGUUAAACAGGGUAAUUAGUUAUCGACCAGGAUCUUUUAUCCCCUUGUGGCACUCAGGGCUCUCUUCAAGGUGUAUACUCCUAUUUACUGUCGGCUAGAUUAUACUACUCGAUGGUGAUUUUUUACACAGCCAGAUUAUUUCAUAUUGCCCUGAGUUCAACUGGGGAAUUUGUAACUUUACGUAUUGAUGUUACAUUCCAAUACAGUUUAAGCACAUUUUUUGUUUUCUCUUCAAGAGUACUAAUUUUUCAUUUUUUAUUGUAAUUUCUGUCUAAGUACGUAACCUUGUAUCUUCUUCUUCUUCACUUCUUUACUAUACAAGGUGCCCACGAAGGCACUAUUCCGACUAUUUUACUCCUUAGUUAUUAUCUUCACUUAUGAACUAAAUUUUGACGUUCAGCCUAAGUCUUCUUCCGUUUAGGGAGCUUAGCAUUAGGAGAGAAUUGGGAAUAUUGGGAAUAAUCCUUUCCUUUAUUACUGGAGCCCCUUGCAAUUUAAACAGAUUUGCCAACAUUGUAUUUUAUUGUUAGCGCUACAUUUAGACGCUAUAUUAUUGAAUAGAUACACAUUAGUUACAUUGUUGCAUUUACGUCUUUGGCUACAGCUACGGAUUCGCAGACCUCAGAAUUUGACACUAAAUCAUCAAUUAUCUUUACCUACGAACGGAAUUCUAGCAUUCAGCCAUAGUCUCUUUUUGUAUUUAGGGAGCACAGCAUUGUGAGAGAAUUCUGUCCCACGCCUAUCUGGCUAUGCAAAUGUAGCGGGACAUCCAUAACCUAUUGGGUACAACUCUUUUCCUUUACUAUUAGGGCUUUUUUGUAGUAUGAACAGAUUUGUUAACAUAUUGGGAACAACUCUUUUCCUUUACUAUUGGGGCUUUCUGCAGUAUGAACAGUUUUGCUUACAUUGUAUCUCAUGCUUAGUGCAACAUUUGAGACGCUAUGUUAUAUUGUUGCAUUAACAUCUUUUAGCUGUAGCCACAGCUUUGCAGGGCUCGAUCACGUCGUGAAUUGAUACUAAAUCCUGGCUUAGCAUUAAAUUGUUCUAGGCUGCAUUUUGCCUCUUAUACGUACCUGUUAUUUUUUCUUAUUUUCUUGUGUACUCUUUGUUUCAGGCUACCACCCUCUGUGGUGUGGAGCCACAUUAGCUCAUGAAUAGUAGCUACAGUUCUCACAAUAUAUCUGUAUGUUAGUUAGUUUUCUCUCUUUCCUUGAUUUAAUAAAGUAUCUUCGAGAUUUUUAAAGCAUCUUUUCACUUCUUUAUAUGGACACACAUUUUUCCUCUUCUUUUUCAAUUACAUAUGAAUAUAUAAUUUAUAUAAAAUUUUGUUUCAAUAUUUUAUUUAUUUAUUUAUUUUUUAUUUUAUUUAUUAUUGUAAUUAUAUGUAUAUAUAUAUAUAUAUAUAUAUAUAUAAAUAUAAUAUAUGUGUAUAUAUCUAUUAUAUAUAUAAUAUAUAUACAUAUUAUAUAUAUAUAUAUAAAACAUCAUUCUAAGUGUAUUUUAAUAUUAAUAUAUAUACUAAUAUUAGUAUUAAAAUACACUUUGUAUGACGUUACAUAUAUAUAUAUAUAUAUAUAUAUAUAUAUACACACACACACACACACACACACAUAUAUGAAAUAUAAAAAAAACUUUUAAUUUAAUUUUAAACAUGUUUAAUUUUUUUUUUCACACUACCUACUAGCAGGGGGACUGUCUGAUAUUUCAGACAGCCCCCCUGCUGGCAGAUCCACAGCCAGCUAUAGGGGGCCAUAUGAUCGCUCUUUGAGAGCGAUCACAUGGCCCCCGGGGGCCUCAUUUGCCGCCCAGGCAGCCCUCCCGAAGAUGACCUCCCCUGGGCUUAAGCCGUUACGGAGUUCUAUGCCGCCACAACGGCUUUAAAGCUCUUUAAAGCCGCGACGGCAUAGAACGGCGUUAAGGGGUUAAACAGUGCUAUUAACAAUAUGCACUGCACUUUUUAAUUAUUUUGUUUUGCUUUGUCAAUCUAUGUUUUUAUUCUGGCACCCAACAGGAUGACAACUUGGCAGAAAGGUGAUAAUAUAUAUAUAUGUAAUAAUUAAUACAAUGUUAAACAUAAAUCUGCACAGUAGUCAAGCCAUAAGACUUGCUUUUCCCACAGAAAUCCCAUAACUGCAGCGAUGUUACAACCGCAAAGGAUUCUGGUUGGGCAUUUGCAAAUUAGUUUACCAAAGAAUCAAGUUUUUGCCUCAUUCCAUUUUAAACAUGGAUUCCUUUUAAUCGGUGUUUGCUGUAUACAACAGCUUUGAAACACACGUUAAAAGGAAUCCAUGUUUAAAAUGGAAUGAGGCAAAAAUGUGAUUUUAUGUUAAACUAAUUUGCAUUAUUGCUUGACAUUGUAUUAAUUAUCCACAGACUUCAGGUGGAAGGGGUUUUCAAUCACAAUUUUUCCCCACCAUAACUUAUUUAUAUAUAUGAUCAUAGACGUGCGCACGGGGUAUGCCUGAUCACGCUCUAAUCCCCACCGCCCGCUCAUGUAUCGAGGCCGGCAGGGGAGAUCCAAGAUCUCCCUCACUGGUCCAGAGGCAGGAGAGGACCCGGGGAGCUCUAGCCAGCAGCUCCGUCGGGUUCCUCUCGAGAGGUCAAAGCGUUGCUGCAGGCUAGAGUUCCUGCAGGCUAGAGUUCACUCUCACCACUAAGACCACCAGGGAUCAGGGAUGGCAGCAAGGAUCCCCCUCCCAGGCAAAGGGUAAGAAGGAAGGGUAGAUCCUUCUUACCUUUCCUAAUCUGUCCCCCCACACCCACUAGCUAGCCAUGUAAAAAGGGUAUUAUUGGCUUAUUCCUUACAGAAGCCUUUUUCUAUUUCUUUAGACCCCAAUGGAACAGCAAAAAAUUGUAAAAUUUUAUUUCCCUAACAAAUAAACACAGGAAGGAACAUAUUCUGUUUGUCUUCCUUGUAAUGAAUUUGAAGUUGCAGGAUUUAUUUAUUUACCUUACCCAGGAUGUCUUAUUUGGAGAUCCACAGGCAAAUAGCAGUUUAGGAAGAUAAGACUCCAGUUUAUUGCUCUAUUACUAGAUGAAAACAGUGAACUGCUUUGCACCCUGCUGUCCUUGAUCUGCUUCCUGCAAUUAAAUAGGUAAACAGAAAGUGCCAUGAGCUUCCUGGAUUUACACAGAACCUGUAAACCGGAAUAGGCAAAUAAAAACAUCACAUUACAGACAAUGUAAUCUGGGUUUUGGAAGUACCUGCAAGGUAACUUAUUGGUCACUUUUUAGGUUUGUUUUUUUCUUUUUAUCAGUAACAACUGGUUUUGUAGUGAAAAAUAGAAGUAACACAAAACUCACUCUCACCACUAAGACCACCAGGGAUCAGGGAUGGCAGCAAGGAUCCCCCCUCCCAGGCAAAAGGUAAGAAGGGAGGGGGGAUCCUUCUUACCUUUCCUAAUCUGUCCCCUCCCCCCCCCCACACAAUCACUACAAACAAUUUCACACACACACACAGCACCCUCAAAAACACACAGCACACUAACAGCACCCUCUCACACACACACACACACCACCCUCAAACGCACACACAAACAGCACUCUCACACACAGCAGUGUAUGUAUGCGUGUGUGUGUAUAUAAAAAAAUUAUAUAUAUAUAUAUAUAUAUAUAUAUAUAUAUAUAUAUAUAUAUAUAUAUAUGUAUAUAUAUAUAUAUUUUAUAUACACACACACACACACACACACACACAUACACGCGGCAUGUGUGUUUGUGCUUUAGGGUGCACACCCUAAUGCAAUAGGCUGCGCAUGCCUAUGUAUAAGAUAUUCGAUUAGGUCAGUAGAGUUAUUCGGCCUCAUUUUAGAAAGAAAGUAUAUUUAAAAAAAAGGAAUAUAUUGUCAGUUAACUAGCAGUGUGAUCCCUCCUAUGUCCCCAAUAAGACAUUGAGAUAUGCACUUAAUUGAGGGAAGUAAUAUAAAGAUCAGCAGAAGAACAUAAAAGAUUAAAGUAACAGCUGUUGAGGGUGCAGAAAAAAAUCCCCAUAUAAUCUUUGGCAAAAGGAAGAAAUACAUGGCCAUGAACCCUAAAGAGUUCCACCAUAUAUCCCAAUUUAGCCUAUGCUCUCAAGGGGCAGAGCACAGUCCAGUAUUAUGGAGAGGUACGUCAGGCCCCUCAGUUCAGGUGUUUGCAGACUGGGCAUGAGCAGUAUAGGUGAGAGGCCACUUCUGUGGGGUAGACUGUCGCACUCUGAGAUCCAGACUAGAAUGUCUGAAAAUUCUUCCAAGAUACGGUCACACUUCAAACUGCAGUGACUGGAGUAACCUAGUGGCGUCCACCACGAUGCAUGUCUUCAUGUCAUUUACCAUCUCUCCCGGCAACACCACUUGGACCCGUCACAGCUAGGUAGACUCCCAGGAGGAGACCAAGAUCCAAAGGGGGGGAAAUGGUGCUCCUGGUUGGGAGAUUGGCUGUUGCUCCCACCCAGUGUACCUCCCAGGCUGCACUGCUGAAGCCGUCAAAAUGACCAGGAUUGCUGCAGUCAGCUGUUGCAUUGUGUCUCAACUUGGUCAGGGUAAAGGUAGGUCUCUGUAGAGCUCCUUCAGCCACCACAGGGGAGGUCUCCUUCCUGUGCUGCUCACCCAAGCCUACAUCCAGAGCAGACUGAAGCAGUUGCUUCCUCCAUCAUCCACAAGGGAAGCAGCAUGCAUUUUUAAUUGCCCCAAUAGGGUGAAUAAAGGAAUAAUUUAUUUAUGUCUGAGUUAGCACAGAAGUUGAAAUGUUAUGUAAUGUAAAAUAUAGUGGUAUGGGUUUUCUUCUAUCAUUUUGUAUCUCACCAGCCCAAGCACAAAUGUUUAAAUAUGAAGAGUAGUAAAUCACUAAACCAUUAACUUCUGUACCACUACUGGAAAGCCAUAAUUUUAAUGUACAAAGAUGAAUACUUAAUACUACUUUGUUAAUGUUUUAAAUGUGUUUUGAAUCAUAUCUAAAAACAGUGCAAUUUAAAUUUUCAUAUAAUUACCUACAUUCAAACAAACUAUGCAUUCUGUUUCUCAUAGCACAGAUAAUCGCAGAGGGCUGAUGGCUGAUGGCACCAGCAGAUAUACCUGCAAAGGAAAACAAAUCUAUAAUUUUUUUCACACUAGCACCUUUAGCGAAUAUAUUGUGGUUGAAGAAAUUGCAGCCACUAAAAUUGAUAACAACGCACCACUGGAUAAUGUCUCUCUUAUUGGAUGUGGCUUCACAACUGGUUAUGGGGCUGCUUUAAACACAGCCAAGGUAUUCUGAACAUGUAUAUCUGCAUGCCUAUUUGUUGAGGUGUAUCUAACUUGACAGGUGACCUCCGUGACUGAUAUUAGAACCCUGAAUAGUAUUACGUAACCUGAUAUAUUUUUAUAUCUGUUAAUAUUUCUUCCAUAAGUGAAUGGAAAAAUUACAUAUAUGGAGGAUGCAGGUUAUAACUAAGUAACCUUGUAUUAAUGCAAUGGAGGGCCAGUGCGGGAUAUUUAUGCCAUCAUUGUUACAGAUUGCCCAUCUCUCUUUCAUUAAACCAGCAUAAAGGGAUGGAAUAAGAACAGAGCUAGUGCUUCUCUAUUAUGCUAUUAUUAAGCAAUUGCAUGUUCUCAUUAUGCAUUAUUUAUACUCUAAACAACAAUAGUGAACAAUCAAGGCAACUCAACUGGACCAAUAAACAAGUUAUGUGUGUUUUGUCAGAAAGUCUAGAUCAUGGAAUAUGACGAAAAUUAUAGACUGGCUAACACAUUUGAUUGGUGAUUCCACCCCUCUUAUAUUUCUCUACCACUUCUUACAAAAAACUCUAAAUAAUUCUCCCCCAUUGUACCCAGUUCUGAAAGUAAAAAGUUAAAUCUACAAACUACACAGUGGGUUAGUGGAGAUGAAAACCAACAUUGUAUCAAUCAGACACUGAAUGAUGAACUUUAAAGGGGAAUUGUCAUUAUCAAGCAUUUUUUAUGUUAUGUCUACUUAUCUAUUAUACAAAAACACAAAUAGUGAGAUCACCUGACAAAGAAAUGUGCAGGCAAGCCACUACUGGGACACACUCCCUAUAUCCCUUUAAAAGUCAGUGCAAAGAAAAACUGUAUACAAGAAAAGUGAAAAUACUUUGUAGGGCGAUACUUCUCAAACAGAGUGGUGUAUAUAUUUACCAACUUGUAGCUGAGCAUGUAGAACUCACAUGAAAAAUAGAAGAGAAAUCAUAUGCAAAUGCUUUAAUAAACAAUGAGAUAAACAUAAAAUAAAAAUGGAACACUCACAAAUGUAGUGGCACAAUUGAAAACAUCAAUAUGUGCAAAAACGUAUUUGCCUCAAUUAGGCUAAUCCCCUGGUAACAGUAGUCUUAAAUGGUAAGGAGUAUCAGGAACAGUCCCUCUUCACUGACCGUCAAUCAGAAGGCAGCAAUAACGAAGUGUCUGACUUCCAGCCGCAGUAAUCCUUUCAGGGUAAAAAGUAUGCUCAACGCGUUUCGUCUAGGUUCUUACACUUCGUCAGGAGCUUGUCUUUUUUCCAGGACCGGCAAUUUAAAUAUGCCAGGCUGCGUCCUCUCGUAGUGUGUGGGCAUGCACGGUGAUGAGACGUAAUCAGGUCUACCGCCCAUGUGCGUUCCACUCUGGAGCGCAAAUAACUUUUUUAAUCUCAGCAGACAGGAAGAGCCCAGGAUCAACAAAACUAGCCAGUCUCAGACCACUUGCCCCAAAAAAUAUAUUUAUGUAUACACGAUCCACAAAUCUAUUGGAUGUAUAUCCAUAAUAAUAAUAAUAGUAAAAAUAUGAGAGUAGUAUAUUUAUAAAACAUAAUAAAAACGUUUUACUUAUCCAUUAUAACUGGGGUAAGCAACCUUCGGCACUACAGAUGUUGUGGACCACAUCUCCCCUGAUGCUUUGCAAGCAUUAUGAAUGUAGGAGUAGGAGGGGAGAUGUAGUCCACAGUACCUGGAAUGCCAAAGGUUGCCUAACCCUGCACUACAAACUAUUAAUGAAUAUGUGUAUUUGAAAAAUUAUUAAAAAUAGGAAGUCCACAAAGCUGUACCUGCCUCUGUUGAGGUGCAUCCAUUUUGGCUCCCUGUUUGGGAAAAAUCAUUUACCUACUGACUUCAUAUAUUAUAUUUCUACUUUUCCUCUUAGGACUUUAUCUCUUUCCUUUAUUUUUCCCUUUACUCUCUUCUUGUUUUCUUUAAUGGUAUCUAUACAAUGCUAUCAUUUCUUGUCGGCUAGUCUGAAAAGUUGUUUUACGCUCAAGUUCUGAUGUAUCUGCACUACUAUAAGCUUGUUUAAGCAGGGUUCUCAUCUACCUAUUGUUCCUGUGUCACUGUGUAAUUGUCUCAUGUAUUGUAAAUUUCACCUCUUUUAUAAUAUUGUAAAGCACUGUGGAAUUAGUUGGUGCUAUAUAAAUACCAAUAAUAAUAAUAAUUGCUGUUUUAGUUACUGGUACAUGCUAAUCUUAUUAUGAUUAUAUACCGAUGCAUAUUUGCUCCAUCUACUGUGUAUAUUCACUGUGCAGUUAGUUUUUUUUUCUCAUGCCCAUCUGUAUCUCAUUUUAUGUUCUUUAUAUAACUAAAUUUUGUAAAAACAAGCACUAAUACAUGAAUACAUUUACAAAUUCACAAAAAUUAGAUUUGUUUUUAAAAUAAUACAUUAAUAAGAUGUCUGCUCAUGUUAUGAAUUCCUCUAGACCAGCGGUUCCCAAAGUGUGGGUCACGACCCACUGGUGGGUCGCAGGGCGCUUCCCAGUGGGUCGCGCUGACCCACACAUCCAGGGCCCUCCAAUCAGUCUGCCUAGCACCUCCGGUCUGCAGCUCAGCCAGGUGCAGAGCUGCAGACCGUGUGAUAGAAGUCUUGCGAGCACCCAGAGCAUCACCAUGGCAACACUCUGGGAGCUCGCAAGACUUUUAUUACACUGUCUGCAGCUCUGCACCCAGCGGAACUGCAGACCGGAGCGUUAACCCACUGGACCACCAGGGAUGUUUAAAGAAGGUAGGGCAGAGAGCCCAAACAAUGCCCCCCACCACCACAAUGUAACCCCUUCUCUGCCUGCCCCCCUUCCCCCACUAUAACCCCUUCUCUGCCUGCCCCCUCCCCCCACUGUAACCCCUUCUCUGUCUACCCUCCCCACUGUAACCCCUUCUCUGCCUACCCCCCACUGUAACCCCUUAUCUGCCUACCCUCCCCACUGUAAACCCUUAUCUGCCUACCCUCCCCACUGUCCCCUUCCCUGCCUCACCCUCCUGUAACCCCUUCUCUGCCUGCCCCUCUGUAACACCCUUCUCUGCCUGCCCCCCUGUAACACCUUUCUCUGCCUACCUGCUGUAACACCUUCUCUGCCUACUGCCCCCACUGUGCCCUUCUCUGCCUACUCCCCAGUGUAACCCUUCUGCCUGCCCUCCUCCCCCCCACUGUAACCCUUCUCUGCCUGCCACCCUCCCCACUGUAGCCCCUUCUCUGCCUGCCCUAUCCCCCCCACAGUAACCCCUUCUCUGCCUCCCCUCCCCACUGUAGCCCUUCUCUGCCUCAUCCCAUAGCAACCUCGCCUGCACCCUGUAACCUUAUCUGCUGCCACCCCCACUGUAACCCCUUCCCUGCCUACCCUCCCCCACUUAACCAGCUCUGCCCCUCCCACUGUAACCCCUUAUCUGCCUACCUCCCCACAGCAACCCUUUCGCCUCCCUCCCACUGUGACCCUUGUACCCAGCCCUACCCUCCCCACUGUACCCUUUCUCUGCCUCCCCUCCCCUGUCACCUUCUCUGCCUGCCCCUCACUGUAACCCCUUCUCUGUCUGCCCUUCCCACUGUACCCCUUCUCCUGCCCCCCACUGUAACCCCUCUGCCUACCUCCCCACUGCCACCCCUUCCUCCCUGCCCCCUCCCUCCACGUAACCCUUUCUCUGCCUACCCCCCACUGUAACCCUUUCUCUCCCUGCCCCUCUCCCCACACUGUAACCUUUUCUCCCCAUGCCCCCCCACACUGUAACCCUUUCUCCCCCUGCCUGCCCACUGUAACCCUUUCUCACACUGCCCCCACACUGUUACCAGUUCACACACUCUCUCCCACACUGUCACCCUCAUCUCCUGUCUCUGCGUGUCCUUUUGUGUCAGUGUGUGUGUGCGCAUUUGUGUGUCUGUGUGUAUCUGUUUACAUGAGUAUCUGUGUAUCUGUGUGUGGGAAACUAAGUGUCAUUGUGUGUAUCGCUGUUUCACUGUGUGUAUUUGAGUGUCUGUGUGUGUGUCUAUACAGUGCACACAUACUCCAUACAAAAAAAAACAUGCUUACAUUGAAACACACAUUGUGUAUAUGUAUAUUUUAUAGACACAAUAUACACACACUGCAUCCACUACACACACACACACACACACACACACACACUGCAAUCAAACUCAAACAUUACAUACAAACACACCCCUGCAUUAAAACACUAAAAUGAUCUACAAACACCCCUUCAUUCAAACACCAACACUACACACAAAAAACACACCUGCAUUUAAAGUCCUACACUACAUAUACAAACACCCCUGCAUUCAGACGCAAACAUUACAAACAAGUACAGCACUACAUUCCAAUAGCAACAGUACAUACAAAUACACCCAUACAUGCACACAUAUACUUAUUACAAAAACAUGCUUACAUUCAAACACUGCUCACAAAUAUAACCCUGCAAUCAGGGCCGGACUGGGGAUACGAAGCAGCCCUGGAAAAAAAUCUAUGCCAGCCCCACAGCCAGUCAUUGUGCUAUGUAGGGUGUUGUAUAUAUAUAUAUAUAUAUAUAUAUAUGCAAUUGAAAUAGUUGGCUGCACUCUUGGAUUUCCUGAAAAUGUAACUUUUAUUAAAAUAUUUAAGAGAAGAUCAAUGUUUCAGUCCCUCUUGUGGACUUUCGUCAUGAUCCUGAUGCAAGUCCACAAGAGGGACUGAAACGUUGAUCUUCUCUUAAAUAUUUCAACAAAAGUAAAAUUUUAAGGAAAUCCGAGAGUACAGCCAACUAUUUCAAUUGCCUAUAUAUAUAUAUAUAUAUAUACACAUAUAUACUGGAUACUGGAGCCCUGGUGAUGCAACAAUAUAUAUAUAUAUUUUGUAUUGAUACAUUUCUUCUUCUAAUUCAAAAUAUUAGUUCUUUUAUGGUAAUUAAAUUAUACAGUAAAGCAUACUCACACACAGACAGACAAUCUUACUGAUGCACACAAAUAGGCUCAUUGACAGACAAUGACACACACAGACAAGGUUACUGGCGCACACACAAAUUUAGUAAAGACAAACUCUGAUACACACACACAAGCUUACUAUAGACAAGCUCACUGUCACACACACACGCUCACUACAGACAAGCCCACUGAUGCACACACACUCUCCCUACAGACAAGCCCAUUGACACACACGCUCCCUACAGAAGAGCUCACUAACACACAGAUUCACUACAGACAAGCUCACUGACACACACAUGCUCACUAUAGACAAGCUCAGUGAAACACAUAUGGUCACUACAGACAAGCUCACGAUCACACUCAUGCUUACUACAGACAAGCUCACUGUACACACAUGCUCACCACAGACAGGCUCCGACACACCCAUGCUCCUUACAGACACGCUCACUAACACACACACACAUAUGAUCCCUACAGACAAGCUCACUGACACACAUACAAGCUCACUCACUAACAGGCACACACCCACACACACACAGGCUCCCUUACUAGCAGAUGCGCGCACACACAGAGGCAGACAGUCACUGACACCCAGGCAGACAGCCACACACACACACACAGGCAGACAGUCACUGACACCGAGGCAAACACCCACACAUACAAAGACAGGCAGACAGCCACACACACAUACACACACAGGCAGACAGUCACACACAGACAGUCACACACAGACAGUCACACACUCACAGUCACACACUCACAGUCACACACUCACAGUCACACACUCAGACAGUCACACACAGUCACACACUCACACAGACAGUCACUCACACACAGACAGUCACACACUCACACAGACAGUCACACACAGACAGUCACACACUCACACAGACAGUCACACACAGACAGUCACACACUCACAGACAGUCACACAUUCACAGACAGUCACACACUCACACAAACACACUGACCUGCUUCUUACCUCCUGCUUGGAGCUCCUGGAGGCUGGUUGUUGGGGAAGCAGGGACUCAUUCCUGCUUCCCAUGCUGCAGUCAGCUGGGCCCCGCCGGACAGUAAGCUCCGCCUCCGCUAAGCCCCGCCCCCGCCGCACUAAAGCUCCGCCCCGCCGCAAUUUUUAAAAAAAAAUUUUUAUGAUCCCUGCCGGCCAUGUGUGAGCUGUGCCGCCCGCCUGGCUCCCCCUGCUCCCAUGGGGCUCUGUGCGGCCGCACAGCUCACACAUGGCCGGCCGGGAUCACAGGAGCUGUCAGCCCAAUGAUCAGGGCUGUCAGACCGGCCCCAGGUGCCGCGGCCCACCGGGAAAUUUCCCGGUAUCCCGGUGGGCCAGUCCGGCCCUGCCUGCAAUGAUGCGCAAAUGGUAGAUCUCCAUCUGGCACAUUAUUGUUGAAGUUCUCCGACAGAUGGAGAUCUACCUUUUGGCCACACUUUCACUAGAUGGGGGCCCAGAAAACAUAUUUGCACCAGAGUCCUCUCUACAUUAGUUCCACCACUAGGAUAAUCAAUGUGAGGUGCCUGGAUGAAAGAGCAGGACAACAGCACUUCUGAUUCUGAGUCUGUGAGUAAGCAGUUGUAUGUCUCUAAAACUGAUUGCCAUGAUGUGUAAAGUUUCUGCCUCUAAAACUGCCAUGAUAUAUCAAAAUUAUGCCUCUAAAACUGCCAUGUUAUGCCAAUUUUAUGAUCUAAAACUGAUUGCCAUGAUGUGCAACGUUUCUGCCUCUAAAACUGCCAUGAUAUAUCAAAAUUAUGCCUCUAAAACUGCCAUGUUAUGCCAAUUUUAUGAUCUAAAGCUGAUUGCCAUGGUGUGCCAAUUUUAUGCAUCUGUUUGCCAUGGUGUGCCAAUUGUAUGCUUCUGAAGCUGAUUGCCAUGAUGUGCUAAGUUUAUGCAUCUAAAAGUGAUUGCCAUGAUAUGCCAAGUUUAUGCAUCUAAAUCUGAUUGCCAUGGUGUGCCAAGUUUAUGUAUUUAAAGCUGCCAUGAUGUUCCAAUUGUAUGCCUCUAAAACUGAUUGCCAUGAUGUACCAAUUUUAUGCAUGUAAAGCUGAUUGCCAUGGUGUGCCAAUUGUAUGCAUCUAAAGCAGAUUUCCACUGUGUGCCAAUUGUAUGCAUCUAAAGCGGAUUGCUACAGUUUGCCAAUUGUAUGCCUCUGAAGCUGAUUGCCAUGGUGUUCACUUUUUAAAAUACGCAUUAAAAGCAAGUGGAUCUCGAAAAAUGACCGUUUUGAAAAGUGGGUCUCGGCCCAUAAAAGUUUGGAAAGCCCGGCUCUAGACUCUAAGCUCAUGGGAGCAGGGUCCUCAUCUACCCAUUCUACCUGUAACACUUUGUAAUUGUCUCAUUUAUUGUUAAAGUUCUCCCUGUUAUAAUAUUGUAAAGGGCUGCGGAAUAAGAUGGAAUAAGGAAUAAUAUAAUUACUACUACUACUAAUAAUAAUACAUGUGCAAGGUUGGUGUGAAAUGUAUCAAUGAUAUUUGAAAAUUUUAAUUCUAGCAUAUAUUAAGCCUAUGAGAUUUGGGACAUUGAACAUUAUAGCUUUGUCAGAUGUAUAUUGAUUUAAAUGUCUUCUGUAAAACACCUUUUUACCCAAAGAGUCACUUAAAAUAUUUUUUGUUCAGGUACAUCCAGGGUCUACAUGUGCUGUAUUUGGUUUGGGUUGCGUUGGACUUGCGGCUGUCAUGGGUUGUAAAGCAGCUGGUGCGUCCCGUAUCAUUGGAGUGGAUAUCAACAAGGACAAGUUUGACCUGGCUAAAGAAUUAGGAGCAACUGAGUGCAUCAAUCCCAAAGAUUAUGAUAAAACCAUUGAACAAGUACUUCAGGAGAAAACUGGUGGUGGUUUGGACUAUGUAUUUGAAUGUGUUGGUAACACAAACACUAUGGUAUGUGCAUCACACCUUACUAUGAAGAGCAAAAUUACUUAUUAUUCAAGGAUUACUUUGUAGCCUGACAAAAAGUUUUCUGACAUUUCACUUUCCAUUCCAUAGUUCUGAAGGUUGCCUACCCCAUCCCAACUUUAAAUACAUAUUUACUAGUCUACAUUUUUCUAUAUUUUGUCAACUCACUAUAGCCCUCAAAAUCCAUUUUCCCUCCAGGUUGCAGAUUGCUUCAGAAUCAUAAAUGUGUUUUCAAACAAUAAUUGCAUACUUUUUACAUUGCAGGUUGCAGCAAUAAAGUCCAGCCAUUUUGCAUUUGGAACGACUGUAAUUGUUGGCGUUUCUGAUAAAAAUGAAACGAUUACCAUUGAUCCAAUGAUUUUUUUGACUGGACGUAAAAUGGCAAGUUCUAUUUUGGGAGGUAUAGUAUUUUUAUCUCACUAUAAUUUAUUUUUUACAUACCACCAGCAGAUUCUACUACAUUUUACAGUGUAACAUAAUUACAAACAAGUUGAUGUUUAAUACAUGUUUUAUAAAGUUUACUAUACCAUAUAUUUAGCUAUCUACUACUACAUAAGCACACAGAGACUGUUGCAAGUUGAUAAUGUAGUAGCAGGUACCCCCAGGCAUUAAUAGGGUUGUAAAAGAAGGAAGCAUGUUACAAGGACAAUAUGUGGUAGGAAGCAUUAAGGAGUAUUGGAAAACAGGAGCAGCACAGGCAACGUCAUAAAGGUAAGAAUGUCAAAAUAUAUCAAGAGUCAAAGUAAAGAAUUCCUAUACGGAACAUAGAGAGGAGGUGGGAGAGUAUUAUUCAUUAUUACAUUCAUUAGAAUUAGAUAUUUUUAACACUGCAGUUUUAAGGUUGUAUGCACUAUUAUCACUAAUGUACCCAUAUGUAUUAUUGAUUAUGUUACCAGCACUUCAACUACUGUCUAAAAGAUUGAGAAACCCUUACUAUUUGGUCAGUCAGUAAAAGUAUUUAUAAAAGAGAUACAUUGGUAAUAAGCCAACAGGAUUCAUAAUAUAUCAAACCUCCAAUUGUUUGCAAAUGACAAUGCCACUGAAUCUUUACCAGCCAAGAUUCAAAAAUCUCAAGCGUGUUGCAGUUUGCUAGCCAAUUGAGGCCCAGCAUUUGAAAAUAAAGUAAACGAGAGAAAGAAAAUAUAUGGUGAAGCCAAGACUCAAAAUUGUACAUCUUAUACUACUAGUCAGCCUGAUAAUGGACUUGCCUUUGAAAGUUUGGGUCCAUGACAACUUAGCAAGGUAGAAUUCAGGGCUGAAUUUUCAUUCACCUAAUGGUAGAGAGGAAAUAUUGAUCCCUGGUAAAACCGUGAUUAAAUACAGUACACAGAGUCUAACAGUAUCCUCAGCUUAGUAAUAGCUUCUCUUUGUAUAAUAUAAUGUGUAGAGCACAGUUUUCUGAUGGAUGAUGUUAAUUCUUGCGCUAUCCCCUUUGUGCUUUUAAAAGCAUAACUCAUUCAAUAUUUCAAUCAACUCAGAUCUUGAAAAUUAACCUGAGUAUAAUUUACCUUUACAGAAUAAUGUUCAUUGAGAUUUCAAAUCUGUUAAAGGUAGGUUGAAGCUAAAGAAUAAAACCAAUGUAGAAGUCAAAUGCUUAAGGCAAAUCACAGGCAGCUUUAUAUUACCCAACACAUGGAAUAUACGAUAUAUGUAAAUUAGUUAUAUAUGUUUACUUUUAACACAAUAAAUUUGUUAUUUAGGGUUGAGGGUCAAGGAUGCUAUCCCAAAAUUGGUUACCGCUUACAUGGAAAAAAAGGUUGAUGUGGGCAAGCUGGUGACACACAGACUACCUUUUGAGGAAAUCAAUAAAGGAUUUGACCUUUUGCAGUCUGGUAAAAGGUAUUUGUUUUAUACUUGCGUUUUGUAAGCUUAAAUUAACUAAAUAUCAGUUUCAUCUCUUGUGCUUUGACAUCACACUGAUAUCAUAUAGUGGAAUAUGACAAACUAUUUUACUUCCAUGAGCUAUGGCUAGUGAAAUAAGCAAAUCCCUUAAGGGGCCCUUACUGACCACUACAGAGUAUUGAAGGGUUAACCUACCUCUAGAGGCACUUCCAGAUGGUUAAGUGACUUUUGGUCACCUACCUGAUGCUGGACAUCCUCAUGCUCUGGCUGAGAACAUCCAGCAUCUCUAAAUCCCCAUUGGAAAACAUGAAGCAAUGCUUUCCUAUGGGCUAGUCCUGAUGUGAGUGUGGUGCUCAGCGCACAUGCACAGGUCCCACUGCCGGCUGAUGUUGGUGGAGGAGUGGAGGCAGAGUCUGACCCAGCCCCGAAGGACAUUGGUGCUGGACUGAGGUAAGGGACAGAAGGGUUUUUAACCCUUCCAGUGCUGAAGGUGCAUUGUUCUAUAGUGGUAGGAAAACAAGUUUGUUUUCUUAGCACUAUAGUUUCCUUUUAAGUAAUUCACAUUUGCUAAACUACAAGAACAUAUUUACUGCUGUACAAUCAUUAAAUUAGCUAUAGUGUAAUUUGCUAUUUCAAAUAAGACAGCUAUAUAAUUACCCUUAAUGGAUUUUGCUUAUUCCACAUGCUUCAUUUUCACUGAGCACUCGUUUCUUCACUUUGCUUACAUGUCAAUCUUAGGGUGGGUUGUGUGAUUGUAAUCUAGAAGGGGGGUAGCCUGCAAUGGUUGUAUGUUAUCUCAGAGAUCUGAGAUAACUGAGGUAUUUAGCUUAGGGUCCAUACCUGGCACUGUAGGUUGUCUGUUAGUACUGAGGCAAUCUGAGGUAUGUGUUUUACUUUCAAGGACAGCUUUUGCUGUUAGGAGAUUUAUCAGUAUUUUAAAGCUUAGUAUUUCAGAGUUAGCUUCUGAUAUUAAAGGAUCACCAUAGGGUCAGGAACACAAACAUCUAUUCCUGACCCUGUUAGUGUUAAAACCACCAUCUAGCCCCCCCCCUGGUCCCCUUCUGCCUCCAUAAAUAUAGCAAAAUCUUACUGUAUUCAAGCCUGAAGCUGUAGAUCUGCAUGCUUUUUGCCUCAGAAAAACAAGCAGUCUGUCGACAUCAUCAGAAGUGGUAGCCUGAUCCAAUCACAGUGCUUCCCCAUAGGAUUGGCUGAGACUGACAAAGAGGCAGAUCAGGGGCACAGCCAGUACAAUUCAAACACAGCCCUGACCAAUCAACAUCUCCUCAUAGAGAUGUAUUGAAUCAAUGAAUCUCUAUGAGGAAAGUUCAGUGUCUGCAUGCAGAGGGAGGAGAUACUGAAUGUUUGGAUGCAUUUUAGGCAGCCAUGACCCAGGAAGGAUCUCUAACAGCCAUCUGAGGAGUGGCCAGUGAAGUUAUCACUAGGCUGUAGUGUAAACACUGCUUUUUCUAUGAAAAUACAGUGUUUACAGCAAAAAGGUAAGGAUUCUACACACCUGAACAAAUUCAAUAAGCUGUAGUUGUUCUGGUGACUAUAGUGUCCCUUUAACUGUGUUUAUCUCGUUUUUAAAAAUUUAUCACAUUUAAUGAAAAAAAACCUAUUCUUUCAAUCUGGGGAAUUUCCUUGCACAAAAUGAUCUCAAAUGGCAGUAUAUCCUCCAAUCACAAUAUAGCUGUUUCUUUUAAUUCACUAUUCUGAAUCUGUUUCCUGUAAGACACCCCUAUGUUGUAAUUCUUACUAUUGUUUUAUCAAUUUAUAGUAGUAUGUCAAUGCUAUUCUCUUUCAAGUUAAUAAUCAUAGAUGCACACUUUUCCUUUUCAAUAUGCUUUUUAAUUAACAUCAGCUGGAUAACAGGCAGUUUUAAUAGUGGUCUAAUUGGCAUUUCAAUAAAAAAAAUCUGUUGAGACAUGAGACACAUUGUUUAUCCUACAAACUGUUAAUUUGUAUCCACAAUCCCCAGUUCUCUGUCUACAUUUUUCCAUGAAUUUAUUUUCUAUUAAAUACUUCUGUGUGAUGUGAAGUAUUACCAGUUUUUGGAUUCCCUAGUGGGAUACCUCUUCAAGUUUCUGUAGCACUGAUACUAUCUUAACUGACAACUCAGGGCAGUUUGUUCUAGACUGAAUGGUGAUUUUGGUAUUGAUGUAAAAAUAUUAAACUGAAUUAUUUAUUAUAUAAACUGCCAUUACUUCUUAAAAGAAGACCCUAAGCAAAAUAAUUACCACAUCAUGCUGUAAUGAUUAUGGCACCAUUAGUGCCCUAGCACAACCCAAUAUAAGUAGGCAAACUGUUUGCUAAAGGUUUCACUUCUUACCUGGAGUCUGCUGGGCACAGGUCUCUAUCACGCUCUGGCUGAGAACAUCCAGUUUACUACUUGAAUUGGGAAGGCACCAAGGAACUCCAGGCACCAUAUCCACUACAGCGCUCUUGAAGUACUAAAAAUGUGUAACUACAAUGUUUCAUUACUGUUUUGCUUUGCCUUUUCAGCAUUCGAACUGUUUUGUUAUUUUAACAAGAGUCAACAGAGGAAUAAGAUCACUUCUACCAACUACUCACUCUACAUACAUUUUCUUUGAAAUUCAGGAUCUGAAAGCAUUCUUAUACAGCAAUAAGCUACAAAUAAAAUAAAAUUCCUUUUUUGUUGUUAUCUUCUAUUGUGGUUAAAGGACAACUGACAUCACAUUUUUACAAAGUUUUUUUUUUACAAAUGUAUUACAUUUAAUGAAAAACAUUUUUGCACAUUAAUUUUAUUAAAAAUUUAAUUUUUCUGUCUGUCUAUCUUGUUGAGCAACCAUAUUGAGUCCGAUUCUACAGUUAUAUGACUGGUUCGCAGCCAGAAUUUUAAAAUCUGGAUGUAAAUAGAUUUUGUGAUCAAAGUCCCAAUUUUACAAUGUCUCAAUAUGCAAAUGGAUGCUUUUGCAACAUUUAGUAUGGGGUCAUUUGAACUUUACUGAACAAACUUGAACAGGAAAACUGUUUAAAUAUGACUCUCUUAUCUUUCUAGAGAGGAACCAUGAACUCAGGAAACUUGCCGUCCACCCUAAAAGUGCUCUGUCAUGUGCUGUAUAAUGUUCUCCGUUUUCUCUUUCAAGUGGUUAGCUGGAACAGAUUCCUCUUCACAAUGCACCUAUUGAGGGUAACAAGGAAAAAAACAGUUGGGCCCUGCUUGGUCCCUUUAUCUUGGGACAAGUUAAUACAAGAGCUAGGCCUGAGAGCUACAAUUGCCUUUAUUAAAGGACCACUAUAGUGCCAGGAAAACAUACUCGUUUUCCUGGCACUAUAGUGCCCUGAGGGUGCCCCCACCCUCAGGGUCCCCCUCCCGCCGGGCUGGAUGGCGAGGAAAGGGGUUAAACUUACCUUUAUUCCAGCGCCGGGCGGGGAGCUCUCCUCUUCCUCUCCGCCUCCGAUCCUCCUCUUCGGCUGAAUGCGCAUGUGCGGCAAGAGCUGCGCGCACAUUCAGCCAGUCUCAUUUAUAAUGCUUUCCUAUGGACGCUUGCAUCUUCUCACUGUGAUUUUUACAGUGAGAAGCACGCAAGCGCCUCUAGCGGCUGUCAAUGAGACAGCCACUAGAGGAUUUAGAGUCUGGAUUAACCCAUUUAUAAACAUAGCAGUUUCUCUGAAACUGCUAUGUUUAUAAAAAAAAAGGGUUAAUCCUAGCUGGACCAGGCACCCAGACCACAUCAUUAAGCUGAAGUGGUCUGGGUGCCUAGAGUGGUCCUUUAAGGCAGUGGCUGAUCGUAGUAUAGGCAGGGGUGUGGAUACCUGCCUGGGUAAGGAGCUGAAGAAGAAAAGGCAGUGUGGAUAACCAUAACCAUAAUAAUUGCAAAUACAUAAAAAAAGAUAAGGUUCUCGACUGCAGGCUAGAGGCAAGCAUGGUAGCCCAGCUGAUGUUGGCAGGAACAGAAUGGAGCUACAAUGUUUAGAGCUGAAUAGAACACUCUUAGAUCAGAGGAUAAUACCAAUACAUGCAAUUUCCCCCUGUAAAAAGGUUGUCCCUACGUGACAUGGAUCUGAUGUUUAUUCUACUUAGUAGACCUUUAUUCUAUGAUCAUCCAUUUAAGUUUCUUGCCUUAUUGAAUAAACAUGUGCCCAUAUUAUGCAAUCACCCCAGCCCCAACACUUACAUAAAAAUUAUCAUAAGCAUAAAUGGUGCCAGGGCACUCCUGACACCAGCACAUUAGGAUUAGAGUAUACAUGUAUUCAAUAAGCUGUGGACUGUGACUCUCAUUACUCUUAGACACACAUAUGUUUUCUGACCCAGGAGUACCAUACAUUUGCACACUGCUAUACUAGUGUCAGUGCUUUUAAAAUGGCCCAAAAUGUGAGAUACCUUGUAUUUUUCUCUUUCGCAUGGCAUUCAAUUUCAUUGAAUUUGUGAAUUCUUAAGGUACACCAAAUUGUGACAAUAUUAUUAAUAUUUUAAAUAAAUGAUACAUCAACCUCAUUCUGUUCUCUAAUUUGGUCCUGUAACUUCACAAAAAUAUGGUAAAGGUAAAUAUAGAGCUAUAAGAUAUGUAUCUGCGCACAAAUUUAGACAUUUUUACUGCAGUAACACUCCUCAUGUUUAUGCACCUAACUGCAAAUAAACAAUGGCCUUGUGGAAAUUGGCCAAAAAUGAAUAC